AUGCCGAUGAUGGACCCAGAAGCCUCUCCGGUGGAAUCCUUGACCAACGAUCUGCCGGACCGGCUCCCUUUCCCGCCCGUCACCUACUCUCACAUCUUGCACUGCUCAUACCAUGACUGGCACCCCCGCUAUCGCACACUUGCCCCAAAAUCCCGAGUCAUCCCCGUUUCAUCUUCGUUUGUCAACUACCUCCGCGCCGACGGCAUAGUCCUUCCACCCGAAGCGGUACGUCCAAGUGACGACGACGAUUACGACACGUUCUCCGACGAUGGCGAAGAAGAAGAGGACCCUUCGAAAGAGUGGCCAGAGAUUCACUCUCAGGUCAAAGAAACAAUCACCGAAUUCGGCAAAGUGACUCCGAAACUGAACUGGAGCGCCCCGAAAGACGCAACAUUCAUGUCUGCCACAAACGACACAAAAUGCCAAACACCCAACGACAUUUACCUCCUCCUGAAAAGCAGCGACUUCAUCACCCACGACCUAGAUCACCCCUUUGACGAUUGUGUUCCUGACUCCGCGGAAGAUACAAAUGGCCACUCCGAAGUCGAGAGCGUCCUUCCUGAAGUCCCCUACCACCUAGUCCUCCGCAAAUACGCCAACUUCAACCCUUCACUUGAGUUCAGAUGUUUCGUGCGCAACCGCAAGCUUCUGUGCAUGUGUCAGCGCGACCAGAACCAUUUCGAUUUUUUAUUCGAGAUGCGCGACAUGCUGCGUUCGCGCAUCCAGUCGUUCUUCGACGAGAAGUUGCGAGAUUCCUUCCCGGAUCCUAAUUUCACGUUUGAUGUUUAUAUUCCUCAGCCGCAUCAGCGGGUUUGGUUGAUUGAUAUCAAUCCCUGGGCGCAGCGGACAGAUCCGCUGCUGUUCAGCUGGCUCGAGAUUCUGCGUAUGAAGGAUCCGGUUGGGUUUGAGAACGAAGGCGAUGGUUUGAACGAAGGGUUUGUGCGGAUCUCAUUGCGAGAUGGAAGCAUUAUGACCGCUGGUUCUGAGGCUGAUGGCAACGGCGGUGAGGAAUCAGGAUCCUCAGAAGAUGAGGCCGAAGAGGCCGUGGAAGAGGGUGAUGAUGAUAUGGCUCCAUUCUUGCCUGAGUUCCGUCUUAUCAAGAAGAAUGAUCCCGAAGCCUAUUCUUUCAAUACCCCGCAGUACUCGGCUCACAAGGUACCGAGGGAACUCGUCGAUGCCUCGCUGGCUGGACCUGCAGGAAUGAGUGAAUUUAUGGGCAAGUGGCAGGAUAUAUUGGCGCAACAGGUACGCGAGGAUCAGCAAGCCAGCAGUGACUCUGAAUAG